AACCACCAGCGGCGCUGGAGCGGGUCCGUACUGCCAAAGGGAUCACUCUGCAAACAGCAGCCUGGUGCGCGGCGCUCUCCCCUCGCCGGGGACAUGGACUCCGACGCUAGCCUGGUAUCCAGCAGACCUUCCUCUCCGGAGCCAGAUGACCUCUUCCUCUCUACCAGGAAUAAAGGCAGCAGCGGGGGCUUCUCGGGGGGCACAGUGUCCAGCUCCACCCAGAGCGACUCCCCUCCAGAGUUGAGCGCUGAGCUGCGUAGCGCCAUGAGCGCGGCCGGGGUGGUGGUGGUGGACAAGCUGGGCUUCAAGUCUUCCUCGUCCUCCUCGUCGUCCUCCUCUUCUUCCUCCUCCAAGAAGGACAAGAAGCAGAUGACGGAGCCCGAGCUGCAGCAGCUGCGGCUGAAGAUCAACAGCCGGGAGCGCAAGCGGAUGCACGACCUGAACAUCGCCAUGGACGGCCUGCGGGAAGUGAUGCCCUACGCGCACGGGCCCUCGGUGCGCAAGCUCUCCAAGAUCGCCACGCUGCUGCUGGCGCGCAACUACAUCCUCAUGCUCACCAACUCGCUGGAGGAGAUGAAGCGCCUGGUCAGCGAGAUCUACGGCGGCCAUCACGCCGGCUUCCACCCCUCCGCCUGCCCGGGGGGCAUGGCCGCCCACUCCGCCCCGCUCCCGGGUCAUCCCGGGCAUCCCGCCUCCCACCCCGUGCACCACCCCAUCCUGCCCCCCGCUGCCGUCUCCAGCGCAUCCUUGCCCGGAUCCGGCCUUUCCGCAGUCAGCUCCAUCCGACCCCCGCAUGGGCUCCUCAAGUCGCCUUCGGCUGCCGCCGCCUCAGCCCCGCUGGGCAGCAGCUUCCAGCACUGGGGAGGAAUGCCCUGCCCGUGCAGUAUGUGCCAGGUGCCCGCACCGCCUCACCACCACGUCUCCAGCAUGAGCACAGCCAGCCUGCCCAGAUUAACCACCGACACCAAAUGAACCCCCGGGAGACCCGCCUCCAGGGGGGCCGGGGAGGGAGACAGAAUCUGCCGAAACAAGGUGGGGAGUGGGGAGAGAGACUCCAGUUUCUAGCCCCGAGGAAACGCGGGCACAUUUUUGAGACACAGACUCUGUGGGGGCCUCCGUCAAAAGCACAGGCACAUCUAAGGACUUACAAGGACAUACCGGUCUCAUCCAAGUUUUUUAAACACACCCUCCCCACCCUCACCCCUCACUACAGGUUUGUCCCAAGGCCACCCGGGGCACCUUCAGGCAUGUUCCAUACUGAGAUAGACUGAGGACACUCAAUCACUGAAACCCAUCAGUGAAAAAGAUGAACAAAAACCAAUUCCUCUUCCUGCAAACGACUCCACGCAGAACUGAUCCUCUCUCCUCCAUCAUUUCCAGCAGGGAAAGGAGAAAGGAGGCCAGCGUUACGUACAGUACUUGAUGUUUUGUCCAAUCUCAAUAGCAAUUGUGUAAACCCUCAGAGCAUUUUUUAAAUAAAUAUAUGUGCAUCUUUUUAAACUUUGAUAGGAGUUGAAAAUAGCUAUAGACUCUUCUCCUCAAGUGAAGUAACCAAAAUUGCAUAGGGUUUUUUGUUUGUUUUUCUCUAUUAUUUUUACAUAUUCCCUUUCAACAUUUUUCUGGUUCAUAUCAUAAGACAUGUAAAGUGAUUAUUCUGAGCACCGGGCUGGUCACUUCCUACCAACAUAAUUUGCAAGAAUGAAGGCUUUUGAUGUAAAUGUAGCCUGCAAAGUUUUCUGGGGUUUGGAUUUGUAAAUAUACUGUCCAAUGAUGAUGUAAGUCCGUUAUGCUUGAGCUUUCUGUUUGUGCACUUGUACUGGAAACCUUAUGAUUGGUAAAGGAUUUUUUGUUUUGUUUUAGUGUAUAACACGAUUUUCUUUUCUGCCAUCAUUAACAAAAAGUUACAAAACUCGUUAAUGUGCUUUCUAUGUAGGAACUCCACACUGCCUGUGUUGCAAUACUGAGAACUUGGGCUUGUUUCUGAAAUAACAAUUUUUCCUAUUACUGCCCCUUGCAGAGAUUUUAUCAUCUGUUUAUUUUUGUAAAAAAAAAAGUUGCUAAAUAAUAUUUAUUACUUGUUUGGUUGCAAAAACAAAAUGAGUGAUCCAUGGUUGAGAUUUUAAAUAAAAAACAUUUUA